AUGAAUCCCUCAAAUCCGCCCCAGGCGGCUGAGUACGGUGGAGACGAGGUUUCGGCCAUUGUCCUCGACCCAGGAUACUCAACCACGCGCGCUGGCUUCGCUGGUGAAGAUGCCCCAAAGUCACUGAUCCCAACAUACUACGGCAAAUACAACACUGACGGCCAAGAGAAGCUGAUCUUUGGUGAUGAUGUGUUUGUCACCCCGCGUCCAGGGCUAUCCAUUCACAACCCGAUCGGCAAGGAUGGCAUCGUCGAAGACUGGGAUAUGGCGGAGAAGGUCUGGGAAUACUCUUUCACCUCGCGACUCACUGGCGCAAAGCCGGGCAACCCAUUCCAAAACGGAUUGAACGAUAUUUCUAGCGAUGAGUUUCCAACUGAGAUGGAGGUGGAAACGGAUGAGAAGCCUCUGGCCGAUAAUCCAUUGUUGAUGACAGAGCCUGCCUGGAACCCGGCUAAAUCACGGGAGAAGACCAUUGAGGUUGCAAUGGAAAAUUGGGGUACUCCUGCUUUCUAUCUUGCUCGGAAUGGUGUUCUUGCAGCGUUUGCAUCUGGCAAAGCCUCUGCUCUCGUUGUGGACAUUGGCGCCUCUAAUAUUUCUAUCACCCCGGUCCAUGAUGGCAUGGUCCUAAAGCGAGGUGUGCAACAUUCUCCACUGGGUGGUGACUAUAUUUCGUCCCAAAUUCGUGCGCUCUUCAAGAAAAACUCCCCGCAACCGAUUACCGUGACGCCUCACUAUCUGGUCAGCUCGAAGACCGCCGUUGAAGCUGGCCAACCUCCCCAAGCCAAAUACAAGACCUUUCCAGCCGACAAGGCACCCGAUGCGUCGUAUCGCACCCUCCUCGAGGAGCGUACGCUCUCCGAGUUCAAGGAAUGUGUCGUUCAGGUUUGGCCUGGGCCGAACAAACUUUCCGCCACUGGCCCUACAGGCGUGCCGAAUGAAGAGCUGGCUCGCUCGUCUCCUGGUCGUCCCUUUGAAUUUCCGGAUGGCUACAACCAAGUGUUUGGUCUCGAUCGUUUCCGUGUCGUGGAGUCUUUGUUUGACGUGAAAGCGGCCAUUCCAGACCCCGAUUCGCCUGUUCCCGCCCCGACACAGGCUCAAACUCUUCCAGAGCUGAUCAAGGCAUCUCUUAGUGGUGUUGAUGUGGACAUUCGCCCUCAUCUUUUGGCUAAUGUCGUUGUCACUGGUGCAUCUAGCCUGCUCUAUGGCUUUACAGAUCGUUUGAACCACGAGCUGAUGCAAUUGUUCCCUGGUCCUCGAGUGCGAAUCUCUGCUCCUGGAAACACCGCCGAGCGUCGCUUUGGCUCCUGGAUCGGAGGCAGUAUCUUGGCCAGUUUGGGUACUUUCCACCAGAUGUGGAUUUCCAAGAAGGAGUAUGACGAGCACGGCGCCAACAUCGUGGAGAAGCGCUGCAAAUAA